AUGUCUGACGAGACCGCCAGCCAGUAUAGAAGUCAUCAGUCAGUUUAUUUUCAGAAGAGUGAAUCAGAAUUUACUAUAGACAAAAGUGAACCUACUUUGGACCCGAGCAACAAGGCUGAAAAAAGACAUUGUUAUUCCUUUCUUCCCUGGAUCUUGAAGUGGUUUGUGGCCGUAUUUCUUUCCUUGUUAGUGUUAUGCUGCGUUGUUGCAAGUAGAAUUUGUUUGCUGGUCUUAGGAAAAAAUUUCAAAGAUUUAAACGAAGUUGGAAAAACUGGAAACGACGGAACUUUAAAUCAAACUGUAAAUAGUAGCGACGGACAUUUCAGCCUAACUGGAAAAAGUGAAAACAGUUCUACAGAGGCAGGCAAGCAAGCAUUAUUUCUUAUGCUUAUUCUGGCUUUGAUGAUUCCUGAGGCCGUUUCUCUCAUUUACGCUUCAUGGACAAGUUUGAGGAGAAAAAGUCACCCGUGGCCAUCUCAGAAAGGUUUCAUAACUGUAAGUUUACUUGUAUGCAUACAUGUAAUUCUUGCUGAGACGUUAAGAGAUUGAUAUUUACCUUAGAUUCUGAUUAUGUCAUUCAUGUUUGAAUUAUGAGACUAAAGUAGGAGUAGUCUAGAGCUCCUUGACUGAAAGAAUUUUCAAACACAAAUUAUCUGUCUAUUGUACUUAUCAUAAGAUCACACUUUUGCAUUGUUUUCUGAGCUUAACGUACGCGAGUAGAGCUUGAAAACGUUGUAAACUGUGUUAUGAGUUAUAUCCGACCACCAGUUACUUUUUGCUACUUGAAUCUCCUUUUUUCGAUAACAGAGUGAUUUCUCGCGCGAUGAUUGGUCGAGAGCUAAAGUCAAUCGAGAGCUCAGUGAAAACCGAAGUGAUGUCAUGGCAUGACAGAUUUGUUUUUCUGUUUCUCUCGCGCGAUUUUCCUACAAGGGUGAGUCGCCUGAAAAAGACUUAAAACUUCCAAUGGUGUCGUAAAAGCAAAUUGACAACAAUUUUCGUUUGUCCACACACCUCCGGAACGUGGUCAUGGAAAUUGACAUCGAAACGUUUUGAAACAAAGUAGAAACACGUGCGUGACAGGCCUGUGGUCUUACUAAAAAGUCUCUAGCACUUUCUGGUAUUUUGUGGUUCCACUUGAAGUUUAAACAUUUUGGCAUCUUUCUACGUACUAUAAGACGUUAUACAAUGCAUUGAAUACCACUACUGAAUACUGCAGCUUGAGUACCACUUGUUCGGUUACCACAUUCUGAUUAUAUUGGUUGAAAAGAGGAGGAAAAUUGUGGUUGAUUUUUUGCUUCGUUUUAGCGAACCUCAAUAAACGUCAAAGGAUACAGGAUUUACCCAAUACAUUUUGUUAUAUAUUUGACAUAUUCAGUUUACUAGCUAAUGCCCAAAUUAAGACGGGAAAUUAAUCAAAAGAAAGGAUCAGAUUUUUAAGAAAAUUCAUAUUAGCCCAGUCAAAGCAACUAUUGGUAGCCGGAAAAGAUUUGAUUUUUUUCGACGAAAUUGGUUGAAAAGCUGUUUUUUACAGUUGAUGCACAAGGAAGUUAAUAGCAACAAAAGAAUUCGGAAAGCUACUGAAUUGCUGGCGGACAAUGAAAAUCGGUUGAAAGAUCAGGCUCAAAACUACUGCAAAUCAGUUUAAUAACAAUAACCAACCGUCUGAAACAUUACUAACCGUGAAUCUAACAUCUUAAUGCCGGGUAUGAUUGAUUGAAGACAAUCAUGAGUUUGUACGUGCAUACCAUCUCAACGUGGUAUUUACAUCUUUUUAAAAUAUUUUUGUCUUUGUUUCAAGCUUUUUGUUCCUUGCUAUUUUACAUGAUAUUCGCAUGCGGUAACACACAUCAAUGAAUUCACUUCCUCCUGAUUGAGCGAGUAAUGAAUGUAUUACCAUGGCUUUGUAAAAACUCUCAAAACCCCAUCGUAAUUAUUGCCGAAAAGGUGCUGUGUCACGCACUGAAAACCAAUUUCACUAUACCUUAACAAUAAGCGAAAAGUAUACUGCCGGAAUAAGGGCCUCAAGGUAUACACGACUCGGAUUCGCAACAACGAUUUUUAGCACAAAGCGUUGCUACAUUGUUGCGACAUUGUUUUUGAAUAGCUACAACAUCGUUCCAACAUUGCAACGCUGUGUUGCCCUAAAAAUCGUUGUUGCGAAUCGUACUGUGUAAUAUCACCUUAAACAAAGGGAAGGAACUUAAACUAGAGUGCAGUUAAUUUCAAAUGAAAGCAUAGAUAGACAAAAUUGAAAAAGAUAGAGAAGGAUUGUUACAAUCCUUUUUUUUUUCUAGUUUCAAAUGUUUAGCCGCGUAAGUGCAGUUAUUCCGAAAUUGUUGUUCUCAUAUUUUUCCUUCGAUUUCUAGCCUGCGGGAAACACCUAUUUCAUUUCUAAAACUUUUAUUUCAUUAUUUGGGUCUAGAAUGGAGUAAUCGAAAAAUUACAAAACAAAUUCCACCACCCCGACGGUACAAUAUCCCUUUGAUUUUGUUAUCAUUGAACAAGUCAGUCAAUCUUUAUCCAAAAAGGUACCUGUUUAGUAGGCAGGAGUUAUAUGGGAUCACUUGUGUAGUGGGAGUCACGACUUAAUCAAUAUUGGUCUGUUGUUUAAUGAUACUUUAAGCACAUUGUAGCUAUGUCACGAUUUGGUCUUAGCAUAAAAACAAGUUCUUUAUUUGUUCGCGGUUCAGUGGCGCCGGAGUCGAUCUCCUAAAGGAGAGCGUAAAUGCUCGCCGCAGGAUGAAUCUUUCAGUUAUUUUCGGCGAUUCAGAACUCUUAAAAUUUACAUGAGUUAAAGAGAACUCGAAGAAUAAACGUUUGGUCAUUGUUUAAAACAAAUUUACUCUUAUCUAUCUUGGACUUCAAUUUACCAAAAGGGAGAUAGACUGGAACUUAGCCAUCUUUCGCUGAGUUCAAAUUUUGUAGUUGCAGUACAAAAAUUACUGAAAACGGACAAUCCCUGUUUCUAUUUGAACAUUAUCUUUGAGAAUUCUUUUGGAGUUACUAGUAUGAGGAAAGAAGCUUCAUUUUGAAUUCCGCGUGACAGGAUGCAUGUAAUGAUCUCAAUAUAAGUGUCUUUAUAUAAAAAUGAUGGUACAUUCUCCAACAUUUCUAACAUACUUUGUUUUACCAAUAGAACCUCGCGCGGGUCUCCUCUGAAACCAUUUAGGCGUCAUAAUAUAUGAGUCUUUACGACACGUUGAAAUAACUCAGCAAACUAGAAAGUUCAGUAUUUCGGAAAAGACCCCGGCCAGUCUUGCUUAGGAAGUCUAGAACGAGUUUGAAGGUGACCGCGUCUGUAAAUGUUCAGUAUUACACGGAAAACUUAAAAUAUGCUAAGGCUUGCUGUUGUCUAAAAUCCUGGCGAUGUAAAAUCUUUACAACGAAAUACUCAUGUUAUUGCCGUCGAAAUAAGUGCUUUCAGAGAGCAACGAUGGUGGUCAGAGUAAUUAUACGUUUCGCUACUCUCUCUAAAUUACUAGUUUCUUAUUACUUCUAAAUUAAUAACAGUUUAUUAGAAUUCGGCAAUAUAUAUUACAAAUUGAUUACCGUUAAGGGGAAUCGAUUAUUUGCAUGGUACGUUGCUUUUAGACCCUUAAUCAUUGAUAGUACCCGAGAUAAAAGAAGUAGUAAGGCAUGAAAUAGGGCUGAAUGUCGUACUUCGAGUAGCACCAGUCUAGCAUGACAUGUUUAAUGAGAUUCGUUUUAAAGGCCGGUGUGUCAUGGCUGGCUAGUUCAGUUGGUUUAUAUGAAUUACUGACGUCCUUAUUCGCUAAGAAACUUGAGACAAAUCCCAGCUUCGUUACAAACAAAUGUGUCCCCUAAGCGUCGUAUCAAACGCUUCAAGCAGCAAAAAAGAACUUUGAAAAACUGUUCCGUCAUAUAAGUUUUCCAAAACCUCAAUUGCAAUCCUUUUAAAUCUUUUUCAAGUUUGUGCAUCCGUGUCUCCUUUUGUGUUUACGUUUUGAGCGGUAAUUUUCAUAUUCCACUCUAUUUGGUGGCAGUUUCCACUGUUUAAAUUUUGGUAAAUUUUAUGAUGCAGCUCCUUUAGCGUAGGUUUCUCAGAGGCGUGACAAUAGACCACAAACGUGCAUCUUCUUACGGUCUCUCUCAAAUAGUUCCUCUUCCCUAAACUUAACAAGGUUGGAUAAACAGGUCAGUAACUGGCUAUGUGAGAGAUUUCGUGCGUCAUCUCAUUUGCUCAGUCAUAAAGUUAAAACAUAACUAUCUUUACAGCUGAACCGAACUUUGGAGGCGUCUGUCAGGGACUUGUGUCUUUUCUCCAACACAAGAUAUGCUAUAGAAAAAUUCAUUUCAAAUCCGGGUUUGUUUCUGGCAUUUUUCGUUUCAUUCAGCUCACGCCCUCUAACGCUAACCAUUUGUGUUUAACCAACAAUGUUUGGAAUUGUUGCGUCCGUGUUGGCAGUGGUAUGCAAGAAUGAAACGAAUGCGACAAUUCCCAACUCAAUAUUGGGACAGGCAGUGCGUUGAGGAAACGAUACAACCCAUAAUACUUUAUAAACUUUUAUCAUCUCCUUGGGCCAAGGAGACCAAUGUGCAAUGCGCGAGCGUGGCCCCAAAAAUGUCAGAAGAGGUGUGCAAAUGGAUGCAAUAUUGUUGCACUACUCUUCGGCCGAUCACGGAACAAAAGAACUUUUGGCAGUUUUUGGUUAAAAAGUUUGACCAGUUUCAAACUUUGUGCAGCAACACCCGACAACACGCAACAACAUGCAACAGUGUGUGCAAAUGGACUCAAAAUUUAGCAUCCAAAUAUUUUGGGAGUUGUUGGCCAAAAGGCCUUUUCACUGGGCUUUAUAGGUCCAUUAAUUUGACUAGUUUCACGGCUUUGACAAAAUUCAAGUCCUUAUUUCUUUUUCAGAUAUUUAUUGGUGGCUUCCUGGAGACCGUUUCUCUUAGUUAUAUCACCAUUGUUGUAAUGCUAAAAGUAAAAUUACUCAACUCAGACGUCAUGAUUUUGCUGCCAUGCAGUUUGCCUCUGGGCUUCACAUUGUGGCACUUCAUCAAAUCAAGAUCACAGUGGAACACGAAGACUGGAAAAUUGGAAGUCAUUCGGUUCGGAAUUAGUGCGGUGUUUGGGGCAGCUGGUGUUUCAUUUUUGUGUUACAAGUACGAGGUAAACAAGAAAACUCUACUAAAAAUUUUGCUAAGCCUUCUUUAUAAAGUUUAGAAUUUAUAUUCAAAAUAAAAUUCAGAGAUUACAAGGGAUAAUUGAAGUCAAGAAGGGUGCAGCAUUGACAGCAAGUCCCGGGGAGUACUCAACAAAGUUUUGUACGGCCCUGAGGCCCUGAUCACAAAAUCAAUGCGUUUUCUCAACCAAAAAAUGUGUCUUUUAACCCUUGGGCCUAUUUUACCGACCGUCACGGACAGAUUUCCCAACCCUUUCGUAUCUACCGCCGCAUGGUUAGCUCAGCUGGGAGAACGCCAGUCUGUGCUGAGCGGGAGGUCGUGGGUUCAAACCCCGGGAGGACCAACAUUCCGGGUCUUUAAAUAACUAAGAAGAAAGUGCUACCUUUGUAAUGACAGCUACAAUUGGUAGUAGACUUUCUAGUCUUCUCGGAUAAGGACGAAAAACUGUUGGUCCCAUCUCACAGCACUUUCACUUAUCUGGUUCUUGUGGGACGUAAAAGAACCUACAUCACUGUUCGAAAAGAGUAAGGAAUGUAGACCCUGGUGGUGUGGCCAACCUUCGUGGGCUGGGUGGGUUAUCUGUAAGGGGAGUAAUCCUCCUUCAGGAGUUUUAAUGGCUACCUUUAAACAGUGUAUGUACGUAAACGAGAUCUAACAGGGAAGUCCCUACCCUUUCAUACGCCAGGCAAAAGUAUCCCUUUCGGACUGAGUCUCCCCGCAUAGGCCGUUAUAAGGAGUAACCAUUCUCCCAAGUACGUUGACCCAUCUAUCAUCGUUAAAUUGUAAUUCUCCUAUUAAGUCGGAAGGAAUGGGCGGGUACAUACUUUAGGCGCAACUAUUUCUGGGAUAUCGAAAGCUUUUCUACCUAAAGGAUGAGGCGCGUCCCAGAUGUAACAAGGCCUCACAGGAUUGGUUAAGAGAACAACGAACAGGAUUAACCAUGGAACCUAACCCUAAAACAAAAGAGAAUGCUGGGACAUUCAGGGAAAUAACUAAAUAAGAGGAUACUACAAAGGAUCUCAGAAACUGAAGCUUCGAAAGCUUGUGACCAUUUUCCCUUUUUUUUUUUAAUUUAAAUUCUCAUGUCGUGCAGGCUUAACUUGGAAAUCGUUGUUCUUUCAGAUACCUUAUGCGAUUAUUGCCCUUCUUGUUCUUUCCAUCGUCUGGUCUCCUAAACUGCGGAAACUGCAAAUAGAAACCAAUAACCAGGACUCCAGUCAAAGUGACGACGAGAAUGCGAGUGAGGAUGUGGCGAAUGCGGCCAAAAUUACAGCCCGUGGAAAAGCUGCUAUUGUCAUUUCUUUAUGGAAACUCUUUCUAACACCUUUUGUUGCCUUAGUGUUUGCCAAAAUUUGCAACAUCGUAGAGCUGGGCGGCAUGUCCGAAGGUUUUAGAGCAUUUAGUUCGUCAAAUUCGUCGUUUGUGUACUUUAUGCUGCACAUCUUUUCCAGCUUCUUUGCCUACCAUCUUGGUUGGCUCGCCUGUUCACUCCGUAUGCAGCAGACUGGAUACGCCCUUCCCUUGACCCUAGCCACGCCCAUCGCCAUUUUCAUUACAAACGUCGCAGGGUUUUGCGAUACGAACAUGAUUCCGUUAUCGUGUAGAUCGGAUAACCAACUUUACACUCUAGCAGGUGGCGGGCUGCCUCUAUGGCUGGCACAGUUCAUGGUCACUACGUACUACCUAUGGAAAAGUCGCGGCUUUAUUAUGGCAAGCGCCCACGAUCUUUUUUGGAUACCAUCGUAUAAUGGUAAGUUCUGUAGCCAGGAUGCUCGAAAUAUAAAUACUUCCUUAACAACAUGGAAUUUUAUCACAGUACAGAGGUAACUGUUGAACGUUAAUCGUUAACAAACAUUGCGCAAUUUUUAUAAACCAUAAUUAGGCAAACACUUGGAAGGUCCAGAAGCAGGUGUCUGCUUAAUAGAGGUUUCACUGUACUUAGCUGAGGACUUCCUAGUUCUGAGGGCACCUUACAUUUUUGAUGCUGUUUCACUUUCUUUCUGAUGACUUUGUGUAAUGUCCGAUCGACUACGAAGACUAGAUUUUAAUCAUUAUCAUAUUACUUUUUUCACCAAAAAUGUUAACCUGGUUGUUUUUAUCGAAGGAGGUUAAGCCUACUCCAGAUAGCGAAAUAAUAAAAAUUCCCCCGCAAACGAGGAUGUACGACGUUCUCACUCAAAUUCACGUUUUCCCGCCAAAAUGACGCUGGUUCAUGCGCUCACUUAGUAUUGAGAAAGGUCAUGAUCACUACCUCUUGAAAGAACUAAGCAAAAUGCUGAUAUUUUAUCUCUUGAUAUUCCUGUUGAUAAUGAUAACUUAGUAUGCAUUGUAUGGUUUAUGUAUAGGUGUCUACCUUGAACAGUAUCUAUUGAUGAACAGGCGUAGCCGAGCAUCUGAUGAGGAAGACGUGAUACAACGGAAUCUCUCACGUAACGUGACUGUGUUCAUCUGCACUACGAUGUACCACGAAGCAGACUAUGAAAUGAAGCAACUCCUUGAAUCGAUUCAUGAGAUGGACAAGAACAAAACAAAAGCUAAACGCCAUUAUGAAUCCCACGUUUUCUUUGAUGGAGGAGUCAGAGGAGACGUCCUCACUGAUUAUGCGUUGCAGUUGGCUUCACUGGUGGAAGAAACAUUGAAAGUACAACUACGUUCCUGCUACAAAGUAAUGACCCCAUAUGGUAUACAGCUCAAAUGGAAACUGCCUGGAGGAAUGGAAUUCACGAUUCACCUGAAAGACAAUACUAAAGUAAGCCUGGAAUAUUUUAAGAAAGGUUCAGUAUAAAGGGACACUGCGGAUGGAUCUAUUGAAAUAGCUAGCUCACUCAGCUUCAAGAAUGCCCAUUUCUUCUAAGUAUCUUAUGGAAUUCAUAUCUUUGCAGGUAAAGAAUAAAAAGCGAUGGAGUCAGGUCAUGUAUAUGUCCUAUGUGUUGGAUUACCAACAGAAUCGUCUUAAAGGUGAGAAGUGUAACACAACAAAGUAUCGCCCCAUGUAAGGGCUCUACGACAGUCUUGAAUUCUGGAUCCCAUUCCUUGGAUUCUGUAUUCCGGGUACUGGAUUCCAGAUUUUUCGUCAUGGGAACUUGGAUUCCGGAUUCUGUGAGCUGUAUUCCGGAUUCCAAAUCCCAGCAUUUCGGAUUCCACAAGCCCAAAUUUCCCGGAUUUCGGAAUCCGGAUUCCCUUACAUGAGGCGAUUUAAUAUUUUGAAAUUUCACCAUCAGUUAUUGCAGUUGUUCUUUUUGUAUAAAUUCAACUAGUAUCAUAAUUAAGGAGUCCCAUCACUUUUCGAAACCUUGGUGGAUCAUUUUACGUCUCUGGGAAACUACCCACCUACCCCUCUCCUAACCCAACAUUAACACUUACUUCUCACUGAGGGCAAAAUGAUGGCUUAGGGGAAAGGUAACACUGAACUAAACGCAACAACAACAAAAAAAAAACCCUGAACUAAACGCAUCUUUCCAGAAGCACAAUGUAGCUGUCCGACUCGGUCUAAGGUUGUGUAAAGGUUUUCAUAAGGUUUCGAUAAGUAUAACUGGUAUUAUUUCAAAUAACUGACUCGGCAACUUUGACAAUUUUAAUUCAGCCGGUAUUGCUAACAUUUUAGUUUCAAACUUAAUAAGAAACUGCUAGAAAGAGGACAUUGUUUAAAACAUCCGAAAAAUGGUGUACAAAAAAAGAGAUGAAAUCUCUAUCUUACUGUUAAUUUUUAAGAAUCAUCCUAUCACUUCCUCUUGGAUCUAUGCAUUGAUUUAUUGAUUAAAAACGUAACUUUUCAGUGCGCGACGAUCAAUGCUAUAUUCUUACCACCGAUGCUGACGUCAAGUUCACCCAUGACUCUGUUGAAGCGUUAAUAGACCAGAUUAUUGAAGAUCCCGGGGUUGGAGCAGUUUGUGCUCGUACACAUCCAUUGGGAAGCGGGCCUAUAGUUUGGUACCAGAUCUUCGACUACGCCAUUGGUCAUUGGUUUCAAAAGGUAUGUAUAUCAUUAGAUUGGACUUACAGGAGAAUUAAGUCACGUUAACCGUCAUAGAAUUCACGAACUAUUGAUUUAAUAUUUUUUAAAUUCCACCAUCAGUUGUAGUUAUUCUUUUUGUAUAAGUACAAGUAGUGUCAUAACUGAAGAGCCCCAUCACUUUUCGAAACCUUGGUGGGAAACUGCCCACCUACCCCUCCCCUAAGCCAACAUUAACACUUACUUCUUACUUAGGGUAAAAUGUUGGCUUAGGGGAGCCCCGUGUAAGGUAAUCCGGAUUCCAGAAUCUGUGAAAUUUUUUUCUUGUGGAAUCUGGAAUCCUGGAGUUUGGAACCCGAAAUUCAGCUUAAGGAAUCCGGAAUCCCAUUAACAAUUGGAAUCCAGACCCAAGUUCUACUGAAAAGGAAUCUGGAAUCCAGUACCUGGAAUACGGAAUUCAGAACGCGGCCGGAAUCCAGAUUCCAAGACUGGAUUACCUUACAUAAGGACGGACGUGGCGUUUAAGAGAGAGUUCACGGUAUAUUAAUAUUCACAGACUUCCUUUGUGGUUGAUGUAUCGUUUUUCAGGUAGCAAAUCACAUGUUUGGUUCAGUGCUGUGUAGCCCUGGUUGUUUUAGUCUGUACCGUUGCCAAGCUGUUAGGGACGUUCUGCCGACUUACGCUACAAAAGUAGACCAUGCUUUUGACUUUCUCACCAAAGAUAUGGGUAAGUCAUAAGUCAUAUGGCCGCUAACCAAGUGAUUUCAUGACUGUUUGAGCCUCUCAGCACUUUCCUCUUAGUUGGUUAAGUACGUAUGAACCCCUGGGGGCAAGGUGUUUGAGCCGUAAAUGAUCUUAAGCCCUGACACUGUUCAAGGGAAAUAGAAUUGAAAGUGACAUCUUUUCUAAAACCAAUAAACGGAAAAUGUUAUCUUGUUUUAGGAAAAGCAAAUAAGUCAUAAAGCAAAAUUAAAUAUCUUUUUUAUUUCUUUUCUUUGGCAUUUACAAAACAAAGAAUUCUACAUAGAGUGUAGCUGAAUCAUUUACGUACGUGAAACGAACAUAUUGCAAUACCAAAAAUCAUAUUCUCCUUGUUGUCUGUGAUUUGCAAAGUCUAUUCUGGCGAUAAUUGGCUCUCUUCAUAAUGAUUCAGUCAAUCCAGCGUGAUAAUUACCAAUCCUUCGGGCUCUGGUUAGUUUUUCCUUCAGAUAGUUGCAAAUGGUGGAGCCAGCAGAUAAGUAAAAAAUAUCCUACCUUACGUGGGGCUUCAAAAUAAACGGUUGGCCAAAAAUGUUAAAGAAAACUGUCUUUAAGAAACGCGGAAAAACUUUCGGUUGGAAGGGAAGCAUCUCUUAUUCAGGUAGAAUCUCUAUUGUACGAAAAGUAUAACAGCCAUCUUAAAGUUUUUCAUUAAGUGCUCUUGCUCUACAAUGUAUCACUUUUUUCAGGGGAAGACCGCUGGAUGUGUACGCUGAUGUUACAGAAGGGCUGGCGCCUCACAUACUGCGCCGCCGCAGUUGACAGCACCUACUGCCCUGAAAGCUUCGAAGAAUUUUACAAACAAAGGCGUAGAUGGGCUCCUUCCUCGUUAGCCAACCUGGUUCUGCUUGUGCGUGAGUGGAAGCUGACACUAAAGACUAAUGAACACAUCUCCUUCUUGUUCAUUGUUUACCAAACAUUUCUUGUCUGUUCCACUGUUAUUGGGUAAGUACGUACAGAGGACAGUCAUGAGCCUAAUAAUAAUAAUAAUAAUAAUAAUAAUGAUAAUUAUUAUUAUUGAUAAUUAUAAUGAUAAUUAUUAAUUAUUAAUAAUUAAUAAUUAAAUUAUUAAUUAUUAAUAAUAAUAUUAUUAAUUAUUAAUUAUAAUUAUUAUUUAUAAUUAUUAAUUAUUAAUAAUAAUAAUAAUAAUAAUAAUUAUCAUUAUUAUUAUUAUUAUUAUUAUUAGUGGUUUACAGAGGGAACUCUUUAAAGACUAAACCAUAAGCUGAAAAUAAUUUACGUUACUAGUAUAAAAAAAUAGAGCCUUAAUAGUAUAAUUAAUAAUAUAAAGUGCUCUAUUAUACAGGAUAAAAGUGUGAAUUAAAAUUUAGCUUUUGAUAAGCUGCGCUUAAAAGCUGCUAAGGAGGGUGCCUGCCUUAAAAAACGUCCAAAGCGUUCCAAGUAUCAGCAGCAAAUUUUAUUGUGGUCCAAUUAAUGUCCUCGCCUUGUAGAGGCGGAAGAUUUACGGAUAUUAUGCUUAUACCUAUUCAGAGGCGUAGCAUGAGAUUUUGAAAGUGUACGCACGGGAAGAAACGUUAGUUAGGAGGGGGAUAUGGGGGUUUGAACCCCUGAAAAGUUUUAAGUUUAGGGUUUUUGGGCUUCGGUCUCAUGCGCUAUUGACUCAGAGCCCAUUCAGGUUCGAGGAAUAACUGUUAAUUAUUUCCCUGCCCCUUGCUGCUCUUUGACAUUCCUCGUAAAUCUAGAUCAAUUUAUUGAGUGAAUAUAAAAAAUAAUGAUACUUUUUACCCAAUGCAGUAAAAAAAGAAAAAGAAAAAAAGAAAAAAAAAGAAAGAAAGACAGCCAUUCAGACUGUUAGAAAACCCUUUGCCAACUGAACACUUUGUUUUAGUAAAAACUGACAUUCUCCUUUUUUAAUCAUUUUUUCUCCUCCCAUUCAGGCCGUCUACAGUACUUCUGGUUAUAGUUGGUGGAAUGGUGUAUGCGGGGAUUGGGUUGAGUGAAAUAACCGUAAUCAUACUUCUCUGCCUGGUGGUUCUUGCUUACACCAUAGUAUGUCUCUUCGCCACACAAAGCUUCCAGCUGAAGGUUUCAAAGCUACUCACAUUCGUGUUUUCUGUGAUCAUGUGUAUUGUUUCUGUUGGUGUAGCUGUUCAAAUCUCAAGAGAAUUAAGCGAACGGGACAUUGAGCCUACUGCCGCGCCCACGACUAAACCAAACGAGACCAUCACUCCUGCGCCGAAACCUCUGGAACAUCACCUUCCCGCAGGAAUAAGCACGUUAUACUUGGCUGGAUUAUCCGGGAUCUUUUUUGCCGCAGCCCUGUUGCAUCCGAAAGAAUUCAUGUGUCUGCUACAUGGUGUUUGGUAUCUCCUUUGUUUGCCAUCUGGUUAUCUACUUCUGACCAUUUUUUCUUUAUGCAAUCUAACAGACAGAUCUUGGGGUAAGUUUUAAAGGACUAAUCAUACUCAGUGCUUUCUUCCGCUGUAGCCAAACCCUGGGGAUGUAAGAUGACACUGGCUUUGUCCCCCGGCGGAGGGGUUACUCCCAUAAAAUUGGGGUAGUUGCGUGCGGUCCAGUUUCGUUAACCCUGACCAUACUUAAGGAUGAGACAAAUGAAAGUUUAUAUACCCUAUUUACCCUACUCGAACCGGAAAAAGUGACACCCUAUUCAAAAACAAUGAUGGCAACACAUAAACCUUCAUUAAACACAUAAACCUUCAUUAAAUUGCUUUUCCAAAACACUAAGGGAUAGCUCAUCUUACUGAGGAGUUUCCCUCUUUUUUAAGCGAACCAGAAAACCAUUUCUUUUUUAAAAUGAUACAAUAGUAUGAAACUAAAUCGGAUUAAUAAUGUUGCCGAGAGGAGUAAAAUUAAAAAAAUGGCCAGAGGAGCUUCGCUUAAAACGUUUGUUAUCUUAACAACUAGAAAUAUUCACUAUAACAACUUGUGUGUUUGGCCUCUUGUUUAACGACCCCGGCUUGGACCCGCAAUAGCCACCUAUAUUCAAUUUUCUUUUUGUUUCUUUUUCUCGUUUAAGGAACAAGGGAGGGGAAAACUGCCUCAGAAGGCGGAGGUGACUGGCUGACUCCCAUUGGGGAAACACUGAAGGAAAUUGUUGUCUGCAAGUGCUGUAGGCCAGCCCAGCUUCAACAGCCUCCUACACAAGCCAUAGAACCACCAAAAGUAGAAACGAAAGACGUGGCUUGUCAAGUUAACGUCGACGAAAUUGCACGAAAUGAGGUAAACAAUACCUGAUUGAUAAUAUUAUACCAUAACCUUGACAUUCGUCAUGGCUAUAGUGUUUUUCACUUAAUCCUUCAUUUGACAGUGAAUUCUAAUUUACGAGGUGUAAAAUAACAUUUAGACAUCAGUAUUUUUUUUUUCAGUAAUGUUCUGAACAUAGGCAGUGCGUCAGUUUACUAUAAGAACUUAAUCAAACAUUUUUUCCUUAUACAACACUCUAGGAGUCUGAACAUCCAUUGGGCCAAACCCGUUACAAAGAAGAAAUGCAUGUUAGUGCAACACGAGUCGAGGUGGAAAGAAGUACAUCUGGUCUCACAGCAAGACAAAACGAAGAAGAGAUAAUUGAAUCCGUUGAGGAUUCCAGUAAUGGAUUAGAAGAAAAUCCAGUUUAUGAAGGAAAGCAAGAGUGUAUUCCUGAAACAUCAGAAAACCCUGAUCGUCCACAAGAAAUAAAUUUACAGCCUGUGUUAGGCGGGUUUACUGAGCCAUAUGAAUCAUCAUCUCAGUCAGGUAAGACCACGAGGGCCACUGAAAUACUUAUCAUGUCGAUAUUCUUUACUUCAGAAAGCCAAACAGAGACGAUCAUUUAUAGUCAAAGCCGGCCAAGCGUUACAUUUGUCAUGCUUCGCCUUGGCCUCCAUAUAAUAUGUCGACGCUUUGCUUCAUUAAUCCAAUAUUGAAUCUAGGCUCAGUUUAAAUAUUGGAUUUUUCAAUUUUAUGAAGGGAUUAAUGAAUCGACAAACGGAAUCAACUUUCAAAGAAUGAAAUUCACUUAAAAGUACAUUAACGACGGAAACGCUUGGUUUUUAUGAUUACGAUAACGGAUUGAUUUUUAACAAGCGCAAAUUACUUUGAACUAAGAUUCCGACUUCUGUAGAAAUGUAUCUCGGUGAUUUAUCAACAGCAACAACAACAAAUCAGAGAAAAUAAGGGAUUGUAAAUGAUCUAUUGGGAACGACUGGUUCAUUUCGUUUAUGUUUGUGUGGUACGAUGGCUUCAAUCAUAGGUCAUUCAGCGUUGCUAAGAGCAUAAUUUAUUGUUGCUAGGACAAUAUGUGGACAAAGUAUCUCAUGUUUUGCAUAUCACAUUUAAAUGGCUGCUUUUUCUUUUCUUUUCUCCCCUCACAUUUUAACCUUAAAGUAGGCGGAUCUCGCGAUUCUACCCUCUUCAGGCCCAAACGCGGAAAACACUCUCCGAUGACCCCUCCGAUGUUAAAAGCCUGGCUGAACAGUUACAACCAGGAUUCUUCAGAGGAGGUAUUUGAAAUAUGUCAUUUUGUAGAUGUCAGGGUGAAUCAUUUUUAAUUAUCUUUUAAACUCGGCUAAUUUUUUUUUUUGCGCUCAGUCAUCUUUUUCUCAUGGCGACUUUGAAUUCUAAUCGAAAGUUAGAUCAUCAAGUGAUUCUUCGUCAGCGAUAGAGUUUAACUUUUAAAAACGUUGUUAUAAUCAGUCAGUUCCGUCUUCAUCUGGCUAUUGGAAGCUCGAGACAUGCACUUGUAGUAAGUAGAAAACUGGGUCAUUAUUUCAGGAUUUACUAUGAUUUGCUCUUUUCUGAAAUAAACAGAGGCAAAAAUGAAGCUAAAAGAAAUGAUGAAAUAAUCAACUCACUCUUUGAAGUACAGGACUUUUGAUUUCUCUGCAUAACUUUUAUUAUUCACUGCCCAGACUUAGGAAGCCAGUGGUGCUAUAGAACGUUUUCACACUCACGUUCGCCAUUGUGAUGCCCCAAAACAAUGAAACGGCCAUCAUGUAACGGCGUUAGUGUUCCAAACCAGUCAUGUGGGAGUUUAACAGGCUUUUUCUUAUGUAAAACCUUUCGAUUGCACCAAUAAAUUUGCAGAGCUGCUGGCCAGCUGAUUGAGUGAGAACAUUCACCAGACACAAUAACAUAUAUAAGAAAAGGUAAAAAUCGUGAUCAACUGAGUUGAAUUUGGAUUACUUCCUUUUCUAGGCUACUACCGAGGUGGAAACAUUAACCCUUUCCUCUAGGCAUAACGGAGAAGGGAGUUCAGUUAAUGGCUUAGAAGACGAGGGAGAUUUAGAUGGAACACAAAUGUGUUCCACGGAAAGAUCAGAGAACCGACGCCGUGGACGACCAGAGAUUUACUUACAAUCACCAAAUGGAUUAUCCCGCCAAUCACUUGGUAAGAUCGUAAAGGUCCAAGGAAUCUUGAAUUAUACAGUCCUGCGAAAGCGUUUCACUUCCUGAAUCACUUCAUACAUUCUCUUAAUGUCCCAAACGGAAAGAUUCUUUUUAAUGAAGCAAAUGUUACAAAAGACUGAGAUUACUCAUUUGAAGAUCCGUGACGACGUCAACGGCGAUUUAAACCGAAAGAGUACCGACUCGAAAAGCUUUCAACUAAUACCACGAAGUGGCAGAUUAUUCAAAAAUUACUAGUGUUUCAAAACCGUUUAGUAAAAUUCUACCUAGAUUUCUCUCUCCAUAUGAAAUGAAGAUGGCGACCUUCAGUAAUCGAUCUCAACCUGAAUCGCAGGGAGAGAGGUAAUUCUGUGUUCAAAAUUCUACCAGCACAUAAAUAUGGGCCACGUAUAUUAUGUUUACGCAUCACAUUUAGUACUCAUUACUUAUACUGUUAUGUUUUCCACACUUCAUAGCUUUCGGAUCUACGGAAUCUCUCUCAGUGCUCAAAACCGACAUGUCGUAUUCGAAUCUCAAAACACCUGUGGAGGAAUGGCUUGCUCCUCUGGAUAUUUCACCGGAGGUAUUUCUUCGAAAUAUUUCAUCACUACUUGCUAUCCCCCUCUGUUUUCCCUUCCUACCAAUACCCUACCCCUUUCGACAACGAUACAAUUCUCUUUAAGACAGAGACAAUAUUAAAGCUAAAGAAGAGAAAAGUAAAGUGAAAAUCAACUAGCUUUUAAUUAUUUUUUGUUUUCUUGCGCAAGGAUUUCACUAACAAGUCAAUUGGGAGAGAUCAUGCAAAACCUCGCGCAUUGGUGAACUGAAUCCGACAUUCACCAGCCACGUAUGCGGUAUCCCGGACUGUAUCCCUAUGGCAACUCCACAUAAAAUCUAGUUUGUCGGAAGCUGGGGUUCACUUCUUAAAACGCUCCGUUGGGUUUCUCUCCAGGGAUUUAGUGUACUCGUUCCCCCUUCUCUUCAAAAAUUAAUCUUAAGACCUGGAACGCCUUUUUUGCUUGAGUAAGUUCUAUUAAAAGAGCUUAAUUUUUGCUUUUACCCUGGCUCAAGUUAAAAACGACGCCUGUUCUCACAAUGUUGCGUCACUGUGUUUCUUCAGAAUAAUUACGCGGUCAUGUUUCGUGACGAAGGAUACGACACCAUGGGAGACUUGUUUGGAUUAUCAGACCAGGUAAAUUUUAGAGCUCAACAUGCUUAUUGUAGCAUUAAAUAAACUUAUUUAUCUUUGCUUUUUCGACCCUGUUACAUAAUAUCGUAUCCAAUUCCUACUCAACAAGCUUAACUUAAAUGUUACCCGUAGUUAGUGAGCAGAAAGAGUUACAACUAACAUACUCUAAGACCUAUUAGUAAAAUCCAACUAGUGGUCUAUUAUCAAUGCUGCGUUCUGAUUGGUUGAGCUACUACUAGGCUAUAUGUUAUAGCCCACUAGUAGCGAAAAGCGCCGACUUUGAAAAACAAAACAAUGGCGGUUGAAUCGCAUUUUGCUACCGAUAGUUGUUUUGUCGCGAUAUUUUUGAACUACUAGUUGGAUUUUACUAAAACAAUUAUUCCUCUCGCCCUCAUGGCCUCUGAGUCAAUAGCAGGGCUUGAGGAAUAAUUGUUAAAUAUCCGUGUUAUUCAAAGUAAAAUAAAGGGGGUAAAGGAAGACAUGUAGGGGCCAACUCUUUCCGAGGUGUCUGUAAAAUUACUCGGAAAUCAUAAAAGUAGUAUCAAAUCUUUUAAUUUAGGCAAAACAGUUCGUCGAGGGCUCGCUAGCUACCGAUUACCAUGAACAGAAGGAUUCAGUGCACUGUGUUUAAUUCGUGUCUAUCCGUUCUUCUUAGCAUGCUAACCCUUAUAUUACGCGUUCGAACCCGAUUUUUGCAUCAGGAGUCACAAACACCGGGAACUCAAACGCUGUAUUUUAAGUUACCUAAUGAAAUAAUCAGUUGUUGAAACCGGCAAUGUUAAAUCAUUUCUGAGCGGAUUCAAAUCCCUUCCAAAAAGACUCACUAUUAUGGAGUUAGGAACAACAACUGAUUAUAUAUUUUACUGGCUAAUACAGCGUUCAGGUUCCCUGUGUCACAAAAAAAUAAUAAUAAUAACAGCGGAAACGUUAAUUAUACUCCUUUUACUGGUAGGAUCUCGAAAGCAUUGGAAUCAAGACAAGGGGACAUCGAAUUAGACUGCUGAGGGAGAUCAAGAAAAUCCCACGAGUGGAUGUGGAGGAAGGCAUUCCAGUAAGUGAUGAUGCUGAUAAUAAUAACAAUAUUAAUAAUAAUAAUAAUUAAUAAUUUAGUUUAGUUGAAAUGAACCGUUUUUUAAUGGAAUUUUUUCCGAAUAUGUGAUAUAUUUUGAAUAGAAUAAUUUUUUCAACCGAAAUUAAGUGUCUUUUUUUUUAGUUGAAAGGAAUAAUAUAAAUAGUGCUUUGCCUGAAUAGUUUUUUAAGUGAAAUUAAUUGUAAAUAGGACUUUAUACUUAGCUUGGUUAUCAAUAAAAGGUUUGGGUUAUUAUCAUAAUAAUGAUGAUAAUAAUAAUAAUACAAUCUUUAUUAACAUAUGACCAAUUUACAUUCCACUAUCAUAGACUAAAACUUUGAUGAAAUAAAAAUAUUAAACUAUCCUAAAACACUAAUUUACAAGCUCACGCCAUUAUCAACUUUCUAAAAUUAGUGGACACACCCUUGGCUAGCUUUUAAGCGGCAGUCGUCAUAUGACCAAUUUACAUUCCACUAUCAUAGACUAAGAUUUUGAUGAAAUAAAUAUAUUAAAAAGAUCCUAAAAUACUAAUUUACAAGCUCACGCCAUUAUCACUUUUCUAAAAUUAGCGGACACACGCUUGGCUAGCAUUUAAGCUGCAGUCAUCAAUGAAAUCCCCUUGUGGAAUUUUGUGGAAGGGUGACCUGGAACCUCUUACGCAUGUGUGUACCAACCUUAAAAUCUCAAAUGAAAGCAAUGUUCUAAUCCAAGUAAUAGUGUGCAAAAUGACAAUACUAAUAAUGAUAAUGAUGAUGAUAAUAAUAAUAAUAAUAAUAAUAAUAAUAAUAAUAAUUUGUAUACGAUACUGAGCAUGAACGACAGUGAGAAAACUGGCAUGGGACACAAGAAAGUUAGCCGCCGUUUGCUUAAAAAUUGCAGAAAAAAAUACUCUAUUGAUACUCUUAUUGUUUGCCAGGCGAAGAGAUACAAUCGAAAUUGACGAAAAAUAAACGAGAAGCUUCUUAUACGUUAUAAACAAAGACAACAAAAACUGCUAUCUUCCAUAAACUAUAUUAGUAUAACAAACUCUAUAGUUUAGAAUAAAUUUCAGUCUUCUUCAAAAUUUUUUUUUUCUGCAAUUUACACCACACCUCCCGUUAGUAGUAACGGUUGUUAUUAUAACUGCUCUGCAAUGAUCUCCAACCAAAUAUCAAUGUGCAAAGAAAUCAAUCAAAACGAAACAAUUUUCUUCCGUUUUAUUUUACUUUUAGAAUUAUAAUUAUAGUUUUUCAGAAAGAAGCGUUUUCUAAAGCUGCAAUGGAUAUUUUUCUUUCGUACAGGAUGACGUUGAAGAAUGGUUAGAGGAUCUUGGUCUUCAGCAAUAUUGGCCCCGAUUUGAAUCAAACGGUUACAAAGAGCCUUGUGACUUGGAGGAUUUGAAAGGGUUGGACAAGAAAAGUCUUAAAGAAACAUUUCACAUUUGGAAACGAGGACAUUUGAAUAAACUGGUCGUCGGGAUCAAAAAAUUGCAAUAUCCGCAUGAAGGUAUGAAAUAGUACGAAAUAAUGGUGAGAUGUUUACAGGAAACUGACAGUUCAUCAUUAAAGCUGUUUAGUGAAAUUUGCAUACCAAAGCACGUAGACAGUGUGGCCGAGCUAGUAGAGCGUUGAAUAUAUACAAUCCGGAAGCCAUAACUUGUCUCAUCGAGUUAAUUAUAGACUUUCAACUCUGGCGCCCAGAAGCUCUAAAAUCCCGUGUUUCAAAUUCCCGUUCGACCAAAAAGCUUAUGCCGUCAUGAUUUCCUACUUCUCUUUUUCUUUUUUUUCUAUUUCCAAGGAAAGGCAUAAAACACUUUGAAUUCGUGGUGCUUGAAUACAACACCAUGAGAUCUUCCAUUCUUAAUUUAGAGAACUAGUAGAUCAACCUGAAUUAUAGCGGUCAAUUGGCCAUCCCAACUACCCCCCAAACCCACCCCAAAGAUAACAACAUUCGAUCAUACUUAGCCUCAUCUGCGAACUUUUUUUAAUUAUCAUUUCAGUGCAAAAGAAAGUCCGGCAAACUAGGCGCGAAAUUGAUCGCCUCCCAUUGAAGUUCCUGGAUGUAGACAACGUCGACGAAGGUAGAGAAUAUGAUUUCUGGGAAGGCCUACGCCGGAGGUGUCUUGCUCCAGAACUAAGUGCUUUUGAUGACACUUCAAAGCUGAAAGACAGACUUGUGGAACUACGAAACAAGACUCUGAUGUUAUUUGGCGUUGCUAACGUCUUGUGGAUGAUUAUUAUUCUCACAUUGGUCAGGCACAAAGACUUGGCUGUGUUGGGUGUUGACAUUAUUGGACUUUCUUUCCUCACAGUCUACGGAUUAGUAAUUGCUUUGCAGUUUCUAGCUUUGUUAGGUCAUCGCUUUAAAACAGUCAUUCACCUUCUAGCUCGUGUACCCUGGAAAAUAAGUCAAGUUAAACUGGAAAUCAACGAUGAGCAUGAAGCAGUAACAAAUUUUUAG